AUGGGUAUUAGACUUUCGCGAUUAAUGAGUCGCCUCUUUUCCAAAAAGGAAGUGCGCAUACUCAUGGUCGGUCUUGAUGCCUCCGGAAAAACUACAAUACUAUACAAACUCAAACUGGGCGAAGUUGUAACUACAAUUCCAACAAUAGGAUUUAAUGUUGAAACUGUUGAUUAUAAGAACAUUUCAUUCACUGUUUGGGACGUUGGUGGCCAGGAUAAGAUACGGCCUUUGUGGAGGCAUUAUUAUGGCAAUACUCAGGCUAUAAUUUUCGUGGUGGACAGCAAUGAUAGGGAACGCAUAGAUGACGCUCGGGAUGAAUUGCAUAAAAUGCUGAAUGAGGAUGAGCUUAAGGAUGCUAUUGUACUGGUUUAUGCUAAUAAACAAGAUCUGCCAAAUUCCCUGGGGAUUGACGAAUUAACCAAUCGACUCAAACUGCAACAACUUGAAAGUCGCCCCUGGUUUAUUCAGGCAACCUGUGCGACCACUGGUACGGGUUUAUAUGAUGGCAUGGAUUGGCUGAGUUACAACCUCAAACAUUACUAA